UAUUAAUUAGCACGCUUCCUUUGCUGUUGGGUGUUGCAGUACAGUAGUGUGGCGGUGAGGUUGGUGAUAGUUUGUUUAAUGAUAUAUGAACUUUUAAACGUACAAGUGUACACUUUUUUGUUGACAAAGUAUAUUUAUAGUUUGACUAAACAUAUAUGCUUCGGAUAUCAGUACUUUAAAGCUAAGGAUUUUCGAGUAUAUACUACCGCCCGAGGCACAGAACGUCGUCAUUGCUCGUCGAUUGGUGGAAGCCAGUUAAUGUUUUGGUCAAAUGGUCACGUCAGAUAAGAUACGUACAGUCAUCUGUGUUGGGACAAAAAUCAUGUUGCGUAUUGUUAGAUUUCUGUUCUUAGUAAACUUGAUGGUUUAUCAAUGGCGGCCAAACUAUGUUACUGGACUGCGUAAUUCAGAAGCAUCAAGUUGUAGAACCACUGUGUUUACCGCAGCACCAAGGUAUAAACGGUUUUCCAGCCCGAAUUUCCCAAGGAAAUUUGCCGAGCAAACUCAAUGCUCGUGGAUCGUUCAGGCUCCCCUCGGCUACCGAGUAAAAUUGGAGUUUUUGUCUUUCUACUUGUUGGGGACGCACGAUCAAGAUAGAUGUUUCGUGCAGCACCUUACGAUAUCUGAUCCAUUCACUGGAAUACAAGAUGGCCCAUAUUGUGGCAACACGUCACCCCCGCGGACAACAUCGGCAGGACGGAGACUUAAAGUCACCCUCGAGUCCGAUGCAGUUGGUAUUCAGGAAUAUUACAAAGGAUUUCGUAUCCGUUAUUCAACAAGCUUGCAGCCCCCAUCCCUAAGGAUGCGCGACAGUGCUGGGUUAUGGGCAACGUAUAGAGUAGCAGCGAAUGGUGUUACUGUCCCUGCCACUACGACCACUGUCGCUAUGAUUCCAACGCGAAAUUCGAACGAGAUUGACAACAACAACAACGCAGCUAUCGACUUAAUCAACAGUCGACGCAAUACUGCCCAGGAUGACAACGAAGCGAGGAACAACAGAAUUAAUGAGCAAAACAACAGAAACGUUCCUAAUACAGUAAUUAUUACAGCGAGGUACAGGCCGGAUCGAUAUGUUAACCGCAGAAGAGCGACUAUACGACCCCCUACCAGAAAUAACCUCAUGCGACCAAGACCUCCAACUAAUACAGUGCCUAGGACGAAACCCAAGCGAGAAUCAAAGCAGGGUUUGGGUGGUGGGGCUGUUGCAGGGAUUGUUGUCGGGUUGCUACUUGUUCUAGUUCUGGUUGUUGGAAUAAUGUACAGAGCCAUUUCGAAAAGGAAAAAACAAAACCCACCGACUCAGCAGCAUCGACAGCAUCAAGCAUUGAACUACAUUCAAAUUGAAAAGCCACGAAUUGAAACUACAAACCAGGGUAGUACUGAUGGUAGUCAUGACAACGCCGCUUUCACCAAGUCACAUUUUGCACAACCGGUGCUGGUUGUAAAUGAAGAUAUACACCCACCUGUUACCGUGGUUAAAAGCGACGAAACCCACACUUCGCAACCCUCUGGCAAACACAACCAAAGUUCGGAAGACCCAGAACCUCGUAAGGCGCAUCGUCGCCAUAGUGCUGGUGAAAGACGCUCACGAGCUGCGAGGGUAAAAUCUCCCAGUAAGAGCAAAACAGACAGGGAAACCCGGGACCGCCGAAAGACCAGGAGUCGGAAGAGAGACCGCUCUCCAAUCAAACGAAAGAGCGAAAAGUCAAAUAAACGAAGCAGACCGAAGGAUGAAAGGCGUCCACGUAACACAAGCAAAAGUAACAUGGACCGUCCAAAAAACAGAGCUUAAGCAGUGAAUGUUUGUGCUAUACAAUCCAGGCGCCAUUGGAAUUAAUUAGGUUCUACCUUUUGUUUCAAAUGUGUUGUAGAUUCCUUUAAAGGUUGGUGAGGUGGGCCUAUGCACAUUUACUUCAACCUGUAGUCGCAACUAAGAAUUGCCUCCGUGCAAAUAUAGGAAUUCCGUCUUCCCUUAUAAAAGGUAGCUCUCCACUACAGCAUUAACAGGGGAUGCAUCUAGGCCCUCUACUAAACAACUGAUUUAGAAAUGUAUGCCUUGCAUCUCACUAUUGAAGCAAUACGAAGAUACAUCGAUUUAUUACAGUGUAAGCUGAUCAGACAGGCAACAGCGGGAAAGCAACCAGGCCGCAAAACACAA